CAAAAUAAAAGCGAGAGUCGAAAACGAACAACAAAAGUGUUGCCGCGUUUCGUUAAAUGUCAGCAUGUAAAAUGUAGAAUACUCGUCGACUAAACAAUUAUUACAAUUUUUUUUUUUUUUUUUUGCGCUACAAAUUUCUGCUUCCGGUCAAGACUUCAAUUUCCUGUUUGUCUCCGGCAAGUCAAGAGUUGAAAAGAAGGUAGAAGACCGAGAAGAUGAUGGAGUUCUGCGACAGUGUCCUCAUAGACCGCUCAGACGAAGCUCAUGUGAAGAGCGAUAAAGAAUCCCAACAAUUGGCGAGCCUCCAUUGCAAACAGUGCAACACUGUGCUCGCAGACUCCUGCUCCGUGUGCGGAGACAUCAAAUGUCUGGACGCCAUCGCUUUUCUCCGAGUCAGCGAUGACGUGAUAGUUAGCAGCGUGAUGGAGUGUGGAGAUAAAGGAGACAUGACUGACUGCAUCUUCAGCAGCGUGAGGUGCCGCGAGUGUGGCAUGAUGGCGGGUAAAGUCCUCCACGCCGCUCCCCCGCACCUGGCUGACCUGCGCUCCUUGUUCCUGCUCCAUAAGGCCAAGUUGCGAUGUUACAUGCUGGACAGCAGCGCCAUGGUGGAGGCCUCGUCGGUCUCCUUUGAUGUGGCGCCCCUGGGGGAGGACCUCCACAAGUUGAGGGCGGAGUUUGCGUCUCUCUCUGAUCAGAUGACUCAAGUACAAGCUACCCGACGAAGGGCGGAAAAAUCAGCCGCCAGUGAAAAGACCAGCAACUAUUUUCACUAGCAAAACUAGCUAACAUGGCAUUUUAACAUCAUGCUAGGUUAGCAUAUCCGCUGACGAGGAACUACACGACCAAACGUGCAUCUUCUAAGUUUGAAGCCGACUGUUUAUGUAUUUUAAGAUGUGUAGCGAAGCCUUUUUUUGGGGUGGGGGGGGGGGGUUUACCUGUCAGACAUCUUACAAGGAAGGUUUUUCCUUCAUGACUCAAAAAGCAAGUGUUAAAAGGUGGAGUAAAGAAGUGAGAGGGAUUAUAUAUAUUUGUAUGAUAUUACUGUGAGAACAUCAUUAAAAAAGUCACUUUUGCACAUU